AAUUGAAUUUAUUGGAACCUUAUUAUAACAACCUUUCUUUUUCUAACACCAAAUUUAUUCUAGGCAAUAAUAAUGUAUCUUCCUAAGAACCUCAUCAUACUUGUUGAACUCCUCCUUUUCACUCUUCUCUUUGUCACACCAUCGCAAACUCUCUCGCAACCAAAUCAAGUACCCCUCCCUACAACUUCAAAGCUCCAAAAUCACGACCACGAUCAUGAUGAGUCAUCAUCCCUCUUCUGUGAAACCUGGCGGUUUUCCGUGGAGACCAACAAUGCCGGAAAUUGGUCAACUAUACCCGUCCGUUGUCAUAAAUAUUUGAUGGACUACAUGACCGGAGAUCGCUACGUCUCAGAUUUCGGCCUUACUGCUAGAAACGCAUUGGAGUUCGCUAGAUCAGUGGAUAUAGCAGGGGAUGGGAUGGAUGCUUGGGUUUUUGACGUAGAUGACACCCUUCUCUCCACUUUUCCUAUAGUUCAUGGAUUUGGGAAGAAAAACAGGACAGAGUUCAUAAAAUGGGGAUUAACGAAAGGGACUAAGCUACCUGUCUUGAGGGCAAGUUUGAGUCUAUACAAGGAGCUGCGUAAGCUCGGGUUCACGAUCUUCCUCUUGACAGGCAGACCAGAAUGGAUAAGGAACUAUAGUGUAGCAAAUCUAAUGGAUGUAGGAUACAGUGAUUGGGAAAGAUUGAUAUUGAGGCAGCCUUCUGAUGAAAGCAAAAAGGCGAUUGAUUACAAAUCCGAAAACAGAAAGAAACUAUUAGAUCAAGGUUAUAGAAUUCAUGGCAAUUCUGGAGAUCAAUGGAGUGAUUUGCUCGGAUAUGCAAUUGCUCAACGAUCAUUUAAAUACCCUAAUCCAAUGUACUAUGUUGCAUGAUUAUGAAAUUAUAUAUGUUUUUAUGCAGCCA